UGCUGCCAUGGCAUGACAGAAGAGAAUAGGAUCCAGUGUUUGCUUCCCUUUUUUAGUCGGCCGAGUCUAGAGCAGCUGUCUGGGAUUUCUUAAAGGCAAACCCAGACUCCAAACCCGAUGUCAGUCCACCAUUACUCUCGGAAUCCCCGACCGGUGGGAAACGUCGAUCUAUCAUAAUGAAAACCCCUCUUUUGAGAGCCUGACGGACAGAUUUAAAUCGAAAUGCAGUCGGCCGUGACGGAGCAAGGCUAUGGUGACUCAGUGGUGCAGGUGUGCUUCCCCAGUGUGCAGGCCUCAGUGCUGGACAGCCUGAAUCGGCAGCGUGAGGAAGGCCAUCUCUGCGACCUCUCCAUCCACGUUCAGGGCCAGGUGUUCAAGGCCCAUCGGUGUGUGCUGGCUGCAUCGUCACCUUACUUUCACGACCAGGUGCUGCUGAAGAACAUGUCCACUGUCUCCAUCCCAGCCGUCAUGGACCCCCUGGCCUUUGAGAGCGUCCUCAGUUGUGCGUACACCGGCCAGCUGCGAAUGCUUCGCGAAGACAUCGUUAACUACCUCACCGUUGGCAGUGUGCUUCAAAUGUGGCACAUUGUGGACAAAUGCACUGAGCUUCUCAAAGAGGCCAGGGGAGGUUCCAGUGGACCUCAGGGAUCCAGAGACAAGGAGAGCGCAGGGCAGAGCAGCAGCGCCAACAAGAUCGCCCAAGAGGACGGAGGAGACGCACCUUCGACUCCUCAACCUCCCAGCCGACCCUCCUUCAGCGAGAGCCAGUCUCCGAGCAGCACCAAUUACUUCAGUCCUAGAGACGCACACUUCGGCGGGGCGAUGGUGACCACCGGAGCAGUGGGAGAGGGUGCCGUUCACUCCACCCCGACCUACUGCAUGCCCUCCGGCGGAGAGGAAGGCUUCAUGAUUGAAGAUGAAGAAGACGACGACGAGCUCUUGUUUCCCAGGAAAAGAGAUCGGGGAGGCAAGCGAAAGGUCGCGACAUCCGUCUCUGAUCAAGAGGUUGGAGUGAGCGACAGUUUUGGAGUUUCUUCGUAUCAAGAUGGAGACUCUUCUCCUCCCCAGAAGCGGCCGUCGUACAGUCAGCCGAGCAUCAUGCCCAGAAAACAGUGGGUGGUGGUGAAGACGGAGCACUCAAGAGACGACGACCUGAUCGUGGUGUCAGGAGGAGAGGAGGGAGGAGACGAUGAAGAGGAACGAGAGAUGGAGAUGAUCAGACAGAGGGACAGGACCUUUAACAUAUCCAACGUUAGGACCCUCACUGGACUCAGAGAAGAAGCUGAAAUGGAGGCACAGGCUGACUAUUGCCAGUCCUCUGAAGACUACCUCAAGUUUGAGAGGGGUUUGAUUGACCAGACGUCUUCUCAACACGCUCCUGAGAAUCCCGGUCAUUGCUCAAGCAGGACCGUGUCCACCCGGCUCGGUUCGGUUCAGUCGACGGCCACCAGAGCUCAGCUCUUCCCUCUGGAUAUGCAGGGAAACCAGAUUCUUCUGUACAAUCAAGCCGCCCUGGAGUCUACAUCUCCAUUAGGGCUCGCAGGAGGCAUGUCUGGGGUGUCUCUAAAAGGGAGCCUCGAACAUGGAGCGGUCCACUUACCCAGCCAAGGCGCUUUGGGGAGCGGGAUGGAAGGAUUAGACGCAGCUGGAAAUUCAGGCAAGGUCUUCAUGUGUCACUGCGGGAAGACGUUCACGCACAAGAGCAUGAGGGACCGACACAUCAACAUGCACCUGGACCUGCGGCCCUUCCACUGCCCCGUCUGCGCCAAGAAGUUCAAGAUGAAGCAUCACCUCACGGAGCACAUGAAGACCCACACCGGUCUGAAACCCUACGACUGCCACGGCUGCGGGAAGAAGUUCAUGUGGCGCGACAGCUUCAUGAGGCAUCGCUCGCAUUGCGAGAGGCGCAGCAGAGCCGAAGGAAGAGCCGGAUCCGAAAGGUCGGUCAUUUCUCCACCGCAUCACAUGAAGCUUGCGUCAGCUAAUGAGAUCAAUCAAGAUAGCUUUGGUGCCAGAAGCGGGAUCCCCGUUUUGUCUCCGCAAAAUUCCAUGAGCAACAACACCGUUUCUUGUCUCAACAUGGCCACUUCUGGGCCUCUUCUUGGAGUCAGUUCUCAAAGUGGGCCGCAUGGCCUUGGAUCUAGUGUUUUGGGCAUUGGUGGCAAUCGCAGCGGGUGUGUGGAAGAAGUCUGUGAGGGAAACGUUGAUGAAAGCAGCGUCACAUAAGAGGUUUCCCUCUGAAAUCAACAUCCCGCAAAACCAGAUCACUUGUCUUUGGUUUCAAGAGACUAUGGGCCAGAUUUACUAAACGGCAAAUUAGCAUUAGAGCGCAAUUCCAUAAAAGCGCCAAUGGGACGGAAAAGAUCUGUGGGUCAUUAACUGACAAGGUGCACAUUAAAGAACACAGACGCAGCAUCGCUUUUCCAUAAUGACCAGCGCAGUCUACCAAGAACAGCGCAAAUUAAAGCAUGCUUUUUUUGGGGCAUUAAAUAAUGCCACAAAUACCAGUGAGUUGACUAGUGCGAAUCUUCGUAAAUCACAUUGUGUGAUUCAUUUAAAUACUCUCUUCCCAUAAAUGUACUGAUUGAAAGGGAAACUCCUACAAAUGCAUAUUCAAUAAGGUCACACAAAUAACAGUUUCCACGAUUUUUCAGUGCUAAUUUCCCACUGCGUGUCUUUAGUAAAUCCUGACAGUAGUUUUUAACGCCGGUUUGCGCUGGCGCAAGCUGAUAGUAAAUCUGGCCCUAUGUGCACAAUUCUCUGAUUCUUUACCUCAUGUCGGUGAGUGCGCCAUACUAGAUGUCCCAUGUGUGUUUGAAAAUAAUACCAAUGACCAAGUGCCCACUGUUAGCUCACGUAUGUAUCUACUUAAAGACCAGGCUGCUAUGGUGACUGUCGAAACCGUAUCCCGGCCAGGAAUACAGGACAGUCGCCAUCACGUUCAAGCUGCCUCACUAGCACAGAACAUGUGUUCACUGUUGCUCUAAAGUGCCGUUCUGUUAUUAUGUGUAUGAUAUUAUGUUGUACAGAGCUGUACAAUACUGUAACUCAUUUGGUCUGUUCUUGAUGUGAAGUUUUAUUGUACAGUCGCUCAACUAUAUACAGUAUAUUCAAUCUCAAAGGUUUUAAAUUUCUUGUUUUCUUAAGUAAGAGACAAGAAUAUAGUUUCCUCUGCACUUUGGUGUCUUAAGGCCCAUUCACACUAAGGACAAUAACUGUAAUGAUAACUGUAAAGGAUAAUAAUGAUAACUAUCAAAACUCAUUGGCAAAAAAAGAAAAUAACUAUAAUGAUGACUUAAAGGUUUGUUUGCAAAAAGGAGAAUAAUUAACAAUAACUCAAAAGGUCUGUUCACACCAAUAACUAUAAUAACAACAAAGGCUAUAUAAAGGGUCAUUGCAAAAAGGAUAACUAUAACGUUAACUAUAAAGGUACAUUCAUAUAAACAACGAUAACUAUUACAAAAACUAUUAAGACUCAUUCACAAAGAAAUUCGAUAACUAUGAAGUUAACUAUAAAGGUAUGUUCACACAAAGGAUAAUAACUAUAACAAUAACUAUUAAAGAUUGUGUGUAAAAAAGGACAAUAACGAUAAUGAAAACAAAUUGUUGGAAAAAUUAUGAUAUUUAUGACAAUAACUAUAAAGGUCUGUUCAUACCAAAAACUAUAAUGAUAACAAUAAAGGCUCGUUCGCAAAUGGAUGAAUUCUAUAAAGGGUCAUCGCAAAAAGGAUGAUAACUAUAUUGAUAAAUAUAAAGGUACAUUCACAUAAAAAAACUGAUAACUAUUAGAAUAACUAUAAAGUUUUGUUUACAAAAAAUGGAUGGUAAUUAACUGUAAAGGCUCAUUCAUAAGAAAUUGAAGAUAGCUAUUAAGUUAACUAUAUUGGUCCGUUCACAUAAAGAACUAUAACGAUAACAAUAAAGGUUUGUUCACACAAAGAAUGAUAACUAUAAUGAGAACUAUGAAGGCUUGUUCACAAAAAGGACAUAUAUUAUAACAAUAAUUAUAAAGGGUCUGUUCACACAAAUAACGUAACUAAUGAUAAAGGCCCAUUCACAAAAAUGUAGCAAGUAUAAAGUUUUAGUGAAUUGAACAAUAUAAUUCAAAUCACUAUCAGGACUUUUUCAGCUGAUGAACAAUAAAAAAAAAAUUGACAGCCAAUCAGGGGUGCAUUUCCCAAAAUCAUCGUUAGCUAACUAUGGUGGUUCGUUCCAUUGAACUCUAUUGGUAACGACGGAACUUGUGACCAUCGUUGCUUUAGGGAAACUCACCCCAGAAUGAUAAAAGCACUUUAGAAUCCCACUUAAAAUAUAAAGUGGGAGAACUUUUUCUAUUGUUUUUGGUGUAAAUGCGCCUUAAAACUUAAAUAAUCAUUCAAAUUCUGUAAGAAUAAUGACAUCAAUGAAGACAUAGAGGUUGCCUCUUUUUUUCAACUGAAAUAAUAAUAAUAAAAUAAGUCAAUAAGAAUCUAUUCCACUUUAAAGAGCUCAAGCACAAAACAACAGAGCAUGCUUAUAAUAAACAGAACAUUAUUGUGCUUUGGUGUGGAUGCUAAUAUAGUUAUCAUUUUUGGUGUGAACGGGCCUUUACUGUUUGAAGGGCAGGGAAGUGCGGGGUUUGUAGGUAGUUGGAUCCCUAAAUGAAUCAACUCACAGUGCAAUCUGGCUUUACAGUAAGUCCUUUUACCCGUAAAACCAACAUAAACAUUGAGGGGGACACAACCUCAUCAAUACAAAGUCAUAAGCACCUGGCAUCCGACUACUGAACUCCUGCAGUAUUUUAGAUGUAGCCUCUAGUGAACCAGUAGUGAUAGUUUACACGGUUGCCUUCCAUGAAGGCCGAGACCUGAUUUGCGAAUGGAUGAAAAGCUUGAAUGAAGAAUGCAAAUGACGUGCCAAGUUAGUGUGAACGUCUGCAACUGCCAAGAACGUAUAAGACAUAUGAAGAUGAUUUAAUGGAUCCUGAUUGGGACUUAUCAAGACUUGUGUUUUAAUUGCUUGAGUGGAUGUUUGGAUUUGUCAAUGCAGUGAUCAGUAGUUGCCUUGUACCACAGAUGCACCACAGAAACCAUAUACCUCAAACAUUUGCGCAACUAUUCAACAUAUUACAAUAAAUAAACCAGGAUCUGAAGAUUGUGAGCUGGAAGGAAUCACAUAUCUGUUGUUUAUCCACACAUUCUUAUUACUUUUAUAUCAAACCUGUGUGUAUUUCAGAUUAGUGAGCAAAGUUGAAGUGUGAACAAUGGAGUAGAGAACAUUUGAAAUCUAAUUUAAAAAUAACCAGUAGGUAAAAGCAUGAUUCAGUGCUCGCUUGAGUAAUCUGGUUAGAGAUCUGUAUUUUGUACUGAUAAAUAAAACAUAUAUUUGUUCUGUCUACAACUGUUGUGGUGAAUCUGAACUAAAUAUGCGACGGACGGUAGCAGACUAAGCAUUUUCCUGAUGUGGACAGAAUUAUAUGUCAGUGGUUCCACAAGAUUCAAGAUCUUCAAAUGAAAGAGAAAUAAAGUAUGUUGUGCACAAA